CAAGUUAUGGACGUGACCAAAGGAAUAGCAAAGGCUGGCGUUGAUAUUGUUCAACAAAUUAAAUCAACAAAUAUAAUCAGAGAGGAGAGUAAUUUCCAAAAGUUUGGAUUGUCGCCUUAUGGUCACAUUUAUUUAGUAAACAAGCCUUCACUUGUACUCGGCGUAAAGGAAACAUUCUUCUCCCGCCGCGAAGGAUUACAUGUACAUCUUCAAUCAGCCGAUAAGCGCAACUUGGACCGUAAAGAACAACGUUGGGACUUUGUGAUUCCAAUCGUUAAGGAAGCCUCUCAAGAAGCGAAAAAGAGCCUUAGUAUAACUGUUCAGUUCAUUCGGAUUCCAGUUGCCAUAUCAACCAUACAAAUGAUGAGGAGCCAUCAAGCGCAUUUCCUGAAACAGAUUUUCUUUUGAAAUCAGAUGCAUGUGGGCUAUUUGUCAGUUUAGAAGAUAC